GUGCAAACUUGUGCAGUGUCAAACUGUGGGGUGCUGCUUGUGAAAUUUCUCACCCAGACAUAUGAUUCUUUCCAGCUCGUCUGUGUAGAGCCAACAGACCUGAACACAAACAUCAAUCUGUCCAUUAUUUAGAAAAGAAAAGGAGCCAAAUUCCACCUUGAAGUCUUACCAUGUCCACUGACCCUGCAGCUGAGCUGCCUUUCUUCUACGGCAGCAUCGGUCGCUCUGACGCUGAGCAGAAUCUGAAACUGGCCGGCAUGUCCGAUGGCCUCUUUUUGCUUCGUCAGUGUCUCCGAAGUCUGGGAGGCUACGUCCUCUCACUUGUGUGGAACCUGGAGUUUCACCACUACCCCAUAGAGAAACAGCUCAACGGCACUUACUGCAUCACAGGGGGGAAGCCUCACUGUGGGCCCGCAGAGCUCUGUGAGUUCUACAGCAAAGACCCUGAUGGGCUGGUGUGCAUGCUGAGGAAGCCCUGCCUGCGGCCUCCUGAUACACCGAUACGACCCGGGGUCUUUGACAGCCUGAGAGAAAACAUGCUGAGAGAGUACGUGAGGCACACCUGGAACCUGGAGGGCGAAGCCAUGGAGCAGGCCAUCAUCAGUCAAGCUCCUCAGCUCGAGAAGCUGAUCGCCACUACGGCCCACGAGAGGAUGCCCUGGUAUCACGGGAAAAUCACCCGGCAGGAAGGCGAGAGGCGGCUUUACUCUGGAGCACAACCAGAUGGAAAGUUUCUAGUGAGAGAAAGAGAGGAUUCAGGUACUUUUGCUCUCUCCAUGAUGUAUGGGAAAACAGUUUACCACUAUCAGAUUCUCCAAGAAAAAUCAGGGAAAUUCUCGAUGCCAGAGGGAACAAAGUUUGACACUGUCUGGCAGCUGGUUGAAUACCUGAAGAUGAAACCUGACGGCCUAGUGACUGUUCUUGGAGAGGCGUGUCUUAACGGCAAACCAGCUGGAAAGACACCCAGUCUUCCAGGAAAUAGGCGGACUGGUGCAAAUGGAUACACACCGGCACCUAGAGCUGUGGCAGCAGCUUCCACACCAACGGCCGCUGAGCCCAUGGGGCGUGAAGUUCUGCCCAUGGACUGCGACGAGUUCAACCCGUACCACGACCCCAACGACGUGAAGAGAUUUAACAUCAAAAGGAGUCAGCUGCUGAUGGACGAGGUGGAACUCGGUUCUGGAAACUUCGGCAGUGUCAAGAAGGGAGUCCUGAAGACUGACUCAGGUCAGAUAGACGUGGCCAUCAAAGUGCUGAAGAAUGAGAAUGAGAAGCUGGUGAAGGAGGAGAUGAUGAGAGAAGCAGAGAUCAUGUACCAGCUGAGCAACCCCUUCAUCGUACGAAUCCUGGGCCUCUGCAAUGCUGAGAAUCUGAUGCUGGUCAUGGAGAUGGCCUCUGCUGGACCUCUCAAUAAAUUCCUCAGCAGCAAUAAGGACAACGUGAGCCCAGAGAACCUUGUCAACCUGAUGCACCAGGUGUCGAUGGGGAUGAAGUAUCUGGAGGAGAAGAACUUUGUGCACAGAGAUUUGGCAGCUCGUAAUGUCCUGCUGGUCAACCAACAAUUCGCCAAAAUUAGUGAUUUCGGGCUCUCCAAGGCCCUGGGAGCAGACAACAAUUACUACAAGGCUCGCAGUGGAGGUAAGUGGCCACUGAAAUGGUACGCUCCAGAGUGUAUAAACUUCCACAAAUUCUCCAGUAAAAGUGAUGUGUGGAGUUUUGGUGUCACCAUGUGGGAGGCCUUUUCCUACGGAGGGAAGCCUUACAAGAAAUUGAAAGGACCAGAGGUGAUCCGGUUCAUCGAAAGCGGGAGCCGCAUGGACUGUCCAGCAGCAUGUCCUGAGAGAAUUUAUGAGCUGAUGAAAGAGUGCUGGACAUACAAGCAUGAAGAGCGCCCAGAUUUCAAGAAGGUGGAAGAGUCCAUGAGGUCGUACCAUUACUCCCUAUCGAACAAGGCCAAGCUUGAGGGAGCUGCAGCAGCUGCUGAGCCUGUCAAGUAGACAGAAACAAGCCACGUUCUGUUCCAGUGGUGCACAAAGUGUCCUUUCAACUGGCCAUUAAACAACCAAAACAAAGAGCUUUUUGUGAUUAGUGCACGCUGACACAGUACCAACACAGCUAAGCAGGCCUCAGUGACAAUAUAUGUGCAUUUUUAUGAUGACCUUCAGUGUAUCAGCCAUGUAAGGAGGAUCUCUGUCUGUCUGUUGUGGUUUGAAUGUAAGUGUCAACGUCGUCAUGUUAAUGAGCAAACUAAUAUUCAGGUAUGUUCUUGCAGAAAAAGUCUUUCAUAGUGUUUUGGAGAGGAUUAUUGCCACCUAUGAUGUGCUUUAUAAUAAUUGGUGUAAAUAACUUGUGUUUUAAAGGGGUAGUUUGAGUUGAAACAUACAUGUGAAAGGGCUGUGAGUAAAAUUUACAGGGGAAAACAUUAAAUCACUGAGUCGACUUUGGUUUCCCUAUCAGUACAUGAUGUAUUGUUGUUCAAAAUGAUUGUGUUGUACAAUAAAUGGAAAUAGCUGAAGGAAGUAUAUGUUUGAGCUGCCAGGCAACAGUAACUGCAACACAAGACUGAGAGUUAAUGAGUUUUCAAAAUAAAGGUCUAAAAUGUU